AUGGGCAAGAUCGAGCCCAUUAAUGACCCGACAAUCCAGCAGUUCUAUGGGUCAUCCACGACGGAGGCCUACCGGCUCAAAUCCGAACUAGUCGGGAAAUGCAUGGAGGAGAUUGGCAUGGGACGGUUUCAAUGGGAGCUUUUUAUAGUGACUGGUUUUGGUUGGAUUGUGGAUAAUUUUGCAUCACAAGGAAUCGGAAGCGUUCAACCUCCCAUUCAAUUGGAAUUCUCCGAUAUUUCCCGGGUCAGCUACAGCUCUGUUGCCUAUUAUGUUGGGCUCAUUCUGGGAGCAUCGUUCUGGGGCAUCUCCAGUGACCUCGUCGGUCGUAAGCCGGCAUUCAACAUAACCCUGCUGAUCGCUGGCGUAUUUCUCUGUGGAGCGGCAGGAUCCAUGAACUUUGUGGGAUUUAGUGCUCUGUGGGCUGUCAUUGGAACGGCGGCUGGAGGAAACGUUCCUGUGGACUCCAUGAUCUUUCUGGAAUUUGUUCCUGGGAGCCAUCAAUGGCUCCUCACAGCAUUGUCGGCCUGGUGGAAUCUCGGCCAACUCAUCGUCUCACUGCUUGCCUGGGUGUUCCUGGCAAACUAUAGCUGUCCAACUGAUGCAACACCGGAAACGUGCGUGCGUAGAGAAAACAUGGGCUGGCGGUAUACAUUGAUCACCCUCGGGGCAUUGUCCCUUGCCUUCACAUUCAUUCGUAUCUUCGUCUUUAGAUUGCCUGAGACACCCAGGUAUCUUCUGUCGCAGGGCAAAGACCAGGCCGCCGUCGAUGCUGUCAACUAUGUUGCCCGACAGAAUGGAAAGGAAGAGCCACUGACAAUCGGAAUGCUGCGCGACAUUGACUACAGAUUGGGAACGGCAUCCCCCGAACGCGAAGCCACCGGCCUAUCGACGACUGAGAUCAUCAGGGAAAACUUCAAAGACUUCCGGGGAUCUCACUAUCAAGCGUUGUUCGCAACACGCCAAUUGUCACGCCAUACCAUACUGGUCUGGGUUGACCAUUGGUAUCGCAUAUCCCCUAUACUUCAACUUCCUGCCGUCGUAUCUGGCGACGAAGUUUACACAAGACUCGUCAUUGUCUCUGACAUAUCGCAACUACUGCAUUCAGUCGGCCGUGGGUAUCGUUGGCCCACUGUCGGCGGCCUUUCUCGUAAACACUUUUCUUGGCCGACGUUGGAUGAUGGGGAUCUCGUCCAUUGUGACAGGAGUAUUCCUGUUUGCGUAUGUCGGGGUCGAAACGCCCAAGGCGAGUUUGGCCUUCUCGUGCAUAACAGGGCUGCUGGGCAAUUUUGGUAUGUUCUCGCUUGA